CACCUCAAACCAAAAUUAAGGGGAAAAGAAAGAAGCCAGCCACAUAAAUCUGACCAAGAACACAAGCAUCUUAAUUUGAAUCCACGAAGUUUUGGAUAAUGAAAAGAAAUACAUAAUUUUAAUUCAACCCAAGUGUUUUCCAAGCAGAUUAUGUUUGCUUAAAUUGCUACAUUAAUUCAAGGGACAGCCCUGUCUGGACACACAGUUACUGUGGAUUUUUAAGAGACUCGGUUAAAGAAUUUAGGAAUUUCUGAUUCACUUACAGGAUUUGCAAAUUCAUCAACCCCUGAAAACUAAAGCAAACUCAACAGGACAAAAAAAGAACAUGGGCUUUUUAAGUCCAGUAUGUGUCCUGUUCUUCUUUCUUGGAGUCAAAGUAUAUUGCCAAUAUGAAAGUUAUCAGUGGGAUGAAGAUUAUGACCAAGAGCCAGAUGAUGUCUACCAACCAGAAUUCCAACUUCGUCAAAACGUAGACUAUGGAGUUCCUUUUCAUCAGCACACUUUAGGCUGUGCCAGGGAAUGCUUCUGUCCACCUAACUUUCCAUCAUCAAUGUACUGUGAUAAUCGCAAACUCAAGACUAUCCCAAACAUUCCAGCACACAUUCAGCAAGUCUAUCUUCAGUUCAAUGAAAUUGAGGCUGUGACUGCAGAUUCACUCAUCAAUGCAACUCAUCUUAAAGAGAUCAAUCUCAGCCACAACAAAAUUAAAUCUCAAAAGAUUGAUCAUGGUGUAUUUGCUAAGUUGUCAAAUCUACUACAACUUCACCUACAUCAUAACAAUUUAGAAGAAUUUCCAUUUCCUCUUCCUAAGUCUUUGGAAAGACUUCUUCUUGGUUACAAUGAGAUCUCCAGAUUGCACACAAAUGCUGUGGAUGGGCUAGUAAACUUGACUAUGCUUGAUCUCUGUCAUAAUCAUCUUGAUGAUUCUAUGUUACAGGAAAAAAUCCUUGCCAAAAUGGAAAAAUUAAUGCAGCUCAACCUAUGUAAUAACAGAUUAGAAUCAAUGCCUCCUGGUUUGCCUUCUUCACUUAUGUAUCUGUCCUUAGAAAAUAAUUCAAUUUCAUCUAUACCAGAAAAUUACUUCAAUGAACUUCCAAAGCUUCAUGCUCUAAGAAUGUCACACAACAAACUACAAGACAUCUCGUAUAAUACUUUUAAUCUUCCCAACCUCAUAGAGCUCAAUGUUGGACACAACAAACUGAAGCAAGCAUUCUAUAUCCCAAGAAAUUUAGAGCACCUAUACCUAGAAAAUAAUGAAAUUGAAAAUAUCAAUGUUACAGAGAUGUGUCCAUCUGUUGACCCACUACAUUACCAUCAUUUAACAUACAUCCGUGUGGACCAAAAUAAGCUAAAAGAGCCAAUAAACUCAUACAUUCUCCUCUGCUUCCCUCACAUAUAUAGUAUUUAUUAUGGUGAACAAAGAAGCACUAAUGGUCAAACAAUACAACUGAAGACUCAAGUUUUCAGGAGAUUUCAAGAUGAUGCUGAUAGUGAAGAUCACGAUGAUUCUCACGAAGGCCCAGAACAAGAAGGAACAGAAGAAAACGUUGACCCUCACUAUUAUGGAAGUCAAUAAUGGCAAGAAACUAUAUAGGUAAACAUUCACGAAUUCACAAAAUAUUAUUAUUCAAAUAAAUCUAAUCAUGCAUAGCUCACAGUAAUGUAUCUAGAAUUAUGUAUUAGUAUAAGAUCAGAUUGAAUUUAAGUUGUUGGUAAUAUCUACAUCAUCACACAGGAUUAGAACUUAUUCAAAUGAUACAAGUCUUUAGAAAUAUAAAUUAGAAUAAGUGGGAAUCAAAAUCUAAACUUUAAACAUAAAAAUACUAUCAUGCUGAGAAAAAAAGCAAGUAUGCCAUUUCUAUUAACAGUAAUUUUCCUGAGAAUGAUGAAAGAAGUAGCGUUACAAGUUAAGAACUAUAAGCCACGUGCUUUAAUCACUAUGAGGAUGGUGUUUAAAUGCUACAAGUUUACACUGAUGUAACAGGCAGCCAUGCAUUUAAGAAGUAAAGUAUUUUCUUUGACCUGAUCUCCAGAAAAGCUUUCACACUUGUAUUUGAGAUGUCAUCACCAUGACAUCCACCCCCUGGCCCUACCACACUUAGAGCGAUGGAUGAUAUUUUUGAUUUUCAAAAGAGGCCAGCCUACUAAGGGAUCCAAGGCAUGCAGAUUCACAAAAUCAGCUAGUCUUAUUUUCCUCUUAGAGCACCAAAGCAACAAAAUUUUAAACCCUGUAUCUGAAUAACUAAAAAAUACCAAAUUAUCUCAUCACAAUCUGUAUUUUAGCAAAUUUCAGCCGUUGUCUAAAACAAUCUUUACUGUGUUUCACUUUAACUGGGAUAAAUGUUUUUACAGUAAAUUCACUAGAGAAAGGUUUCUUUUAGUUACAUAAAUUUUUGCUAAUAAAUAAUUGCUUUGUUCACAAGGUUAAGUUAAUGUUAGCAUAAAAAAGUAUAUCAACAUUAUUAAACACUUCUAUUUCUUAGCAAAAUACAUUAAAAACAUAUAGGUGUAUAAGCCAAUGUCUGUUUACAUAGCGCUGAAGUUGAAUAAAGUUCCUUUAAAAUUUGAA